CUCUGACGGUGACACGCACCCUGCCCCGCGCUCUCACUCCCUGCGUCACUGCUUAUUCCGUCACUCUUCGCCACUUAUUCCAGGCAUUCUUCUUCACUUAAUCCUGUCACUCUUCACAACUUACUCCUGUCACUCGUCUUCACCACUUAAUCCUGUCACUCUUCUUCACCACCUACACCUGUCACCAGCCUCACGAGCUGGUGAUCACCCGUCACCAGUUUCCUAUACUGGUAACUGCCCUCCGUCACUACCAAGCAGCGCCGGGUGUUGAGGAGGGUGUUGUCUAAGGUACAGAGCAACACACAGGCCAGGUGUGAUCGCUCGAACUUUCCCAGCAACUUGAAGGACGAGUUUUCGAGGAAGACAUUGAAAACAAAGUCGCACAGUGCAUCCCAAGUCUCUGCGACGGGACAAAGUGCCAACUGUGGUGAACUGAGUUGUUAGUAAGGCAGUGGUGGUGGUAAUGCAGGCGGCGAGGGUGACACGAGGCGACAAGAGAGGUAUGUGUGUGCGGGGAGGCUGUAGUCAUGGCUGGUAGAGGCACCUUGGCUGCACGACUCAACUGCUGCACCACCAGCCCUCCACUCUCGCCCGCCUCCACCACCACCACACUAGCUCCCUCGGCCCACAACUCCCCCGUCAGGACAGCCGUCGUCCGCUGGGCAGACAAGGUCACUCCAAAAGGGCUAGUGAUGGUGGCAGACGUGGAGAACCAGCAGAAAACGCCACUCAUGUCUGCUCUGGAGAUGCAAGAAUUGAAAGCAGAUGAUGUCAAUGCUCUGCUUAAACGUGAUGAAGAAGAAGGUGUGCGUAAUUUGGUGCAGAAAUGGGGUGCAAACUCUGUGUGGCGACCUCGGCUUAAUGCAGAACAAUCAGCACUUAUUACAACAUCACUCCACGUUGCUGCCAAAGAAGGAGCCCUCAAAUGUUUGAGGGUUUUACUAGAUGCAAACCCACCUAAAGAAGUCCUUGAUGCUCCAGACCAAGAUGGGACAACACCACUUAUGGUGGCAGUGGCAGAAGCACGCCCUAGAGUUGCCGAGAUGCUUCUUAAGGCUGGAGCCCAUAUUAAUGCUCGCAAUAACAAAGGUCAGACUGUGCUGCAUAUCUUGACCAACAUUACAGCAAAAGGAGCUAAGUCUGAUGAAAUCUUGCAAGAGCUGCUAGACUUACUUUUAUCUCACUCAGACAUUGACUUGGAGCCUCAUGAAGUGCUCACACCAUUAGCACUAGCUGCCUCAAAGUUGCCUCAGGGUAAUGGAGAUUCUAGAACUGGUGGUCUUAUCAGCUUAUGCAGAAAACUAGUGAAAGCAGGUGCUUCUCUUCAGGAAGAUGGUGGAGAUGGCUCUAUUGAGGAAAUUCUACACCAAAAGCAGGCCUUUCAUGCAGUCCUGAUGGGUGGUGAACGAAUGUCUGCUCCUAAAAGACCUGCAAGAUCACAAUUCCUGGAUAUGAUAUUAAUGGGGAAAGGUAGUGAGGAUAUAAAGAUAUUCCUUGAAAAUCAGUCAGAUGAAGAGAGACAUGCUGCAGCUAACUGUAGGUUUGGACAACAAACUCUUCUUUUCCGUGCUGUAGACUUAAAGAAUGAAGAUUUAGUACAAGUUUUAAUCAAAUUUGGUGCAAACCCUUGGGCACUUGGAGCAAGAAAUGAACUUCCCAUUCAUCGAGCAGCUUCUCGAGGUCAUGUGUCUAUUUUCAAUCAUAUCAUUGAUAAAAUGAAAGGUGGCACUAAACCAGUCGAUUUUCAGGAUUACACCUUCAGUAUUAUCCAGAAACUAAUGGAAAGUGAUAAGAAACAGAAGAACAUUCAUCCUGAUAUCAGUCAUUCAAAAUGUUUGCAGAGACUGAUGCAAGAUGAUGUUAUCUUGAACAUCAAUCAGGAAUACAUGGGUCAAACUGCACUGCAUGUAGCUGCUUCCUUCAACAACCAGGAGGCUAUGAGUGAGCUCCUGUGCAAAGGGGCUUUCCUUGGUGCACAUAGUACACUACCAGGCAAUCACCAUUCCAGUAUUCUGGACUCACUCUUGCCAGCAACUUUAGAAAGAGCCAUGAAUGGCUGUAUCAAACACCACCCGGCAAAUAAUGAGAUUUCUGAGUCUAACAAUGUUCUCAGUGAAGACUACAUGCUGAAACUUGAUUACAGGUUCCUUGUGCCUCCAGCAGAUGAUAGCUUAAAGAAAGAGCAGAAGAGUAUAAAUGAGACAGAAACGUUAAUGGACAUUAGUAGGAGCAAACGACACAGACAUGCUAUAAAACAUCCACUUGUACAAAUCCUCUUAUAUGCAAAGUGGCGCAAGGCUCUGCCUCUUUAUCUUCUCAAUUUAGGAAUUUACUUCUUUUUUGUCAUUCUUCUCACAGCAUUUGUUUACAGUAUAAAAGACUUACGCAUACUUGAAGCACAAGCCGAGAGUUAUCUUAAUUCUGGAUCAUCCAAUAGAACCAUAGAUGAUCUUAAUUCUGGAUCAUCCAAUAAAACCAUAGAUGAAAGAAUUGAAAAUAAGCAAGUUACUGUGAACGUCCUAAUGGCUUUCCUCCUUCCGAUCACAAUAUACAUAUUCAUCAGAGAGGUUUUCCAGAUUGUGUUCUCCCGGGAUGUUUACCUCAAGAACAUCGAAAAUUACUUGGAAUGGUUCUUAGUGGUGGUGGUAAUAGUGCUUUGCUCAACAAAUCUUGCUGCAGACGUCACCCGACACCUUGCUGCUUGGGCUAUGAUUGUUGCUUGGUAUGAGUUUGUGCUGAUCCUUGGGCGGGCGCCUCCCCUCGCCAUCUACAUCACGAUGCUCCGCCACGUGUCGUGGAACUUCCUCAAGUUGAUUUUCCUGUAUGGUGCUCUCCUCCUGGCCUUCACCAUCAGCUUCAACAUUAUCUUACAGCCGGCUCCUGCUGAUGAGGACACAGACUUCCGUGACUUUUGGUCAACUCUUCCCAAGGCGAUAGUAAUGGCAACUGGAGAAUUUGAGUACUCUGAUUUAAGCCAGCACUUCUCUCGCAGGAUUGUCUUCUUCACAUCAGCCCUACUAGUCUUUCUCCUCUUCUUGUUCCUUAUCUUCCUCGUCCUCAUGAAUGUCAUGAAUGGACUGGCAGUCACAGACACUCAGAAAGUUGUAGAAGAUGCUAUGUUAUACUCCCUAACCUCACGCUUGGAGCUGGUCUACCUGAUCGAAUCCUUCUUCCUCACUUGUCCUGGCCUCCAGUCUCACAUCAACCGGGUUCAGCUGCUAUCAGGAGCCAAGUACACACCAAUUUUAUAUGCCCAGAUGAAUAAACCUAUCAAGAAACAAAGACUUCUAUCUGGAAAACAUAAGGAAUUUCAGAGCAAACUUGAUGACUACUCAGCAGAGUGUCUCAGAAACCAUCGGCAGCAGAUUCUAGAAGAGGAGAAUCAGCAAGGACGUGAAGACCCCUUGAGCCAGUAUCUCCCUGUCUUGCAAGAAUUGCAAGUUAUUUUGAGUAAUAAUCCUCAAAUUCUGCACUCUGGCCGCUAAACAUAAUAUCAAAAACACAUUUGCAAUUUCUGUCUAACAAUGCUGAAAAUAAUGUAGGUGUAUUAAUGUGAUAGCUCCAGUUUAAAUCAUUUUGUCUUACAAAUUCACAAGUUGGAUGAAAAUUAAAGUGCAAUUUAUCUCCAAGCAAGAAGAUAAUGUAAAUGUGGAAGCUUCCUGGUGAUGUGAACUAUUAUAGUGCUAAAAUUUUUGUUGAAACUUUAUCCACAUGGUAAUGUUGUGAAGGUAAUUUUAAUGCACUAUUACUAAUACAGCCUGAUUUUAUGAUAUAUUUUAACUAGAGCUUCUCUCACUCUGUCUAGUAAUGCAACAAUGGCAGUAUGCAUGUGUGCAUACAAGUGUGGAUAUAUGCAAACUUUACAGUACUUAUUCAAUGUAUUAUUAUACACAGAUAUACAAUGUGAUAGUAACAUAAUGGGCGACUGCUUGGACACAGAAUAGAACUUGGCAAGGGAAUCUCGGAAUACAGUGCAUGUAUAAAUAUC